AUGCAAGAAGUUGAAAUCGCCCCCCGAGACGUCUUCAUUCAUUAUAUAAACGUUCCAAAGGGAAAAACAAUAUUGUGGUGGUUUUCAACAAAGAGGAAAAACAUUUCUUUCGGGCUAUACCAACGAAAGGGAUUACCUGUAUCAACCGGAAAUGUUUUCAUCGCUGCGACGAAGAAUUCUAAUGAACCUCGUACACCGCUUGGUUCUAGUGACGGUGGCCAUUUGUCACCAGCAUCCGCAAAAUAUCCGAAUCCCACAAAGCCAAGUAUAUCUAGUGUAAAGAGUAGGACUUCAUUUGAUACAAAUGAUACUGAUGAAAACGAAGAAUUUCAUGGUGAUGAUCCAACUCUGACAACAUCACAUUCCACUCAAUCAAGCGUAAAUCGUGGGCGCAAAAAAUCAGCAUCAACACAAAUCAUCAAAGAUCCUGAUUUGAAAGAGAUUCUGCCUAUCGAACAUUACAAUUCAUCUACCGCUACGAUUAAGGGAAGUUACCGAGUGGCCGAAGAAGGAACUUACUGUCUAUGUUUUGAUAAUUCUUUUUCCAGGAACACUUCAAAGUCACUGACUUUCUUUGUGGCCUUAAAGGAAGAAGAUGAGCAGGAAAAAUCCAUGCCCGAAAUUUCCGGUUGGUUACUAAAAAAGAAACGAAAGAAGAUGCAAGGUUGGGCGAAACGUUGGGUUCAAAUUGAUAACGGAGUACUUUCUUAUUACCAACACCCUCAUGGUCCGUGUCGCGGGACGAUACAUAUUGUUCUUUCAACAGUCUCAUCUAGUCAAGCAUUUCGUUCCAUACAUUUGGAUUCAGGAACCGCUACUUAUCACUUGAAAACACUCACCAAUGAGGAAUUUGAUAAUUGGAUGUCAGUCAUUCGCAAAUAUGUUAAUAUUUCAAAGGAAAGGCAGCUUCACGAUCCUGAUUAUCCCAGGAUUUCGUCUUCUCACCAAUCAGGCGAUUUUGAAAGGCGACAGAGUUUGUACCUUAAACGUCAAAGUAUUUUAGAAAAACGACAUAGCAUUGCUUGGGGGAGCGAACCAUUUUUGCGUCAAAAUAAUAUUGAUGAAGAUAUUGGAAAGAUUUAUGGAACAUUUAAUAAUAUGGAAAAUGAAUUUAGUAAUAUAAAUGAACUUUUGGACGUUUUAAAAAAUUUAGUAGAAACCCCCCCUACCCCAAAUCAACCUAGACAUAAUACAACGGCUGAAGGAAAGUUUAGGUUAAAGAAGUUUUCUUUACAAAGAGAGUCUUCAUCACCGUCUCCAUCUCCACCACCAUACUCAAUGCACAUGUCAUUAGAUCAAGUAUAUGAGAAAUUGAAUACGGCAAUCUUAAAUAUUAAAACAAAUAAAGAGAAUGCAUUCACUUUGAUGCAGACAGAGAUUGAAAAAUGGAAGGGAAUCGAUGUUGCAUGUCGAAAACUUGUUGCGGAGAAUACAGAACUACGCAAGAUACUUGCCGAGACUCAUAGCUUUGAUGAAAACGGUCACGAAGAAAUGACCAGUGAGAGAAACAAUAAUAAAGAUUUUAGUGAAAAAAUAAGUAACCGUUCACAAUCCAUAAGUUCGACUAAUACCAUCCCCGACGUGUUUUUUGACGCUGAGGAUAUCGUUUUAACUGGAGAUCCCUCAACAACAGAUAGUGAUGUAUCUAAUAUUGAAGUUAGUGAUGAGGAAAGCGAGAUAGAAACUAUAAUGAAAGGUUCGAUCAUUGAACAUGAGGUUGAAGCACCUGUCGAAGAGACGACGAAUACUACCACUGUUGACCGAAAGAUGACAAUCCGAAGGAGAAAGGUUCUACCUUCACCAAUUUGUGGUGAUGAUGUCAGCUUACUCUCCAUCCUACGAAAAAAUGUUGGUAAAGAUUUAGCGACUAUUGCAAUGCCCAUUUCACUUAACGAGCCAAUAAAUCUUCUACAAAAGUUGGCGGAAGAUUUAGAAUAUAGCGAGUUGCUCGACAAAGCUUCUGCCAUCGAUGAUUCGAUAAUGAGAUUAAUAUAUGUGUCAGCAUUUGCAGUGUCAGGAUAUGCUUCUACUUACAGUCGAGCAACUAGAAAGCCUUUCAAUCCGCUUCACGGAGAAACCUAUGAAUUGGUUCGUCCAGACAAAGGUUUCAGAUUCAUUUCCGAGAAAGUUAGCCACAAUCCACCGAUCAUGGCGUGUCACGCGGAGUCGCAAAACUGGUCGUUUUGGCAAGACUCUAAAGUGAAGAGUAAAUUUUGGGGAAAAUCAAUGGAACUCAUACCAUCUGGUACGGUACAUGUCUCGAUUCCGAAAUUCGAUGAUCACUUCACUUUCUCCAAACCAUCCACUUGGAUGCGCAAUAUGAUUUCCGGGACAAAGUAUCUAGAACACACAGGUGUAAUGAGAAUUCAAAACCAAUCAACUGGUGAAGCUUGUGAAAUUACCUUUAAUCAGAGUGGACUUUUUAGCAGUGGGCCCAAAAGUGAGAUUGUGGGAGUUUUAUAUCUCAGUAAUGGUAAUAAGUGUGGAAAGUUGGUAGGCAGAUGGAAUGAAAUAGUUUUUCAUGAAACAGGACCAAAUCAACUAAAGGUUAUUUGGAAAGCCAACCCUCUUAUACCGGAUCAUGAACAAUACUAUGGAUUCACUCAAUUUUGUGUGGAAUUGAACGAAAAGACACCAGAUAUUGUAGAAUAUUUGCCUAACACCGAUACACGGUUUAGGCCUGAUCAAAGAUUAUUUGAAGAAGGUAAAUUGGCGGAAGCUGAGGCCGAAAAAAUCAGACUGGAACAAAAACAACGAGAUUUUCGAAAAGAACUUGAGUCAAAGGGUCAAACGUGGAUACCACAAUGGUUUAAAUUGGAAAACGAUGAAUGGGUGUAUAAAGGUGGAUAUUGGGAGACGAGAGAGAGUAAAUUGUUCGUAAAUAAGAUUGAAUUAUGGUGA